AUGUACUACAGGAGAAGAAGUGACUCCUUCUUUGAUGCUUUCACUCUAAAUCCUCUACCAUAUCCAGUUCUCUUAAUCUUAGCAGUAAUAUCAAUCUUUCUUGGCCUAUCUUGGUACUUCAGCUAUGAAGAUAUUGUGGAGGCUGCUGAGGAACAAAUGAGUUGGGCCCUCUUGGUUGUACCAUUAGUGCUAAUAGUCAUAGUUCGUUGGCUGUCAUCUAUGGAAAAUCCUGACAUGCUCUUUGUUAUGUCACCGUGGGACAAGCGCCGGAGGACAUACAACCGGCCAUCAGAAGGGAGCUCUCCUUGGGGUGUGGCUGCUGUGAUUGUGUUGCUUCUUGUUUUGGUGCGGUUUCAAUCUACCUUUCUUGAUAGCUGGCUCGUUUGA